CAACAAAAAAAGUGCAGAUUCUCUUUCACGUUAUGGUUCUGUCAAAACGCUAUCCAUACAACGCGAAUAACGAAACAAACACACAAAAUGUUCGUUAGCUGUUACGAUUAGCUUAGCAAAACCGAAGACUUUUAUUUUGUAUUUACGGUCUACCGGAGGUUAGUAUAUCGCCAUGUACCGCCACCUAUUUCGCAGCUUUCCGGUUAGAUUAACGCUGAACUAACUCACGGGGAUAUGAUUUAUUUGCUUAUAAAAGUCUUUUCAGUAUCUGUGUAAGUUUCUAAUUAGCAACAAUGCUAUCGUUGUCGAGUAGCUCGCGCGCAAAACACGCUUAAUCUGUGGUAUGAAAUGGAGUUUGAGCUGCCAGUAGUGAUUCCUCUGACCUGUUGGUUUAGGAGUUAGGCAGUAGGUUACAGUGUGUGUGUGUGUUAGUUAAAGUGGCCGGGAUGCUGCCGCAGGGGCCGUAUGGCGGCGGCACUGAGCGAGAUAAACCGCUCGUCCGGCUGCCCUUCACUAUAUUCGCGGUAGUGACCGUGAGUCUGCCUCUCCUCGGCCUCAUCACCUGCAUCACUCUCUCACUUCUCUAUGACUACAACGAAGCCACCUACACUCACUGCCAGGUCCGAAACUACCUCCCGUCCAUCAGCGCAGCCAUCAGCCUCACACCGCAGCGCUACAUCUGGCGCUUCUGCAUCGGCCUGCACUCUGCCCCUCGCUUCCUGAUAGCAGCGGCUUACUUCAGCUUUUACAGAAGCCGCUUCGCCAGGCAGAUAGUGGAGCAGCUCCUGAGCAUCUUCACUCUCCUCUGUGCUCUAAGUGAGAACGCUGGACUGCUGCUGCUGACUUACGUCUCUUCUACCGAAACAUACAAUUUUCAUAAAAAUGGCUUCAUCAUGUUCAUCGCCAGCUCUGGGCUCCACAUGCUGUGCACUUGCAGGCUCUGGUAUGUGAUCACCAGGAACACCUUUAGUAAUGAGGAGGUGACAUCAUACCGCUACAAGGUCCGCCUCUUCCUCUUCAACGUUGUCUUAGCAGCGGCCGCUGGUUACUUCUUCAGGCGCCACAACAAGUAUUGUGAAUCAGGAAUUUACACCUUCUUUGCUCUGUGUGAGUACCUGGUAGUGAUCUCCAACAUGGCCUUCCAUAUGACAGCCUACUGGGACUUUGGAAGUAAAGCGGUGAUGGUGGCAGUGCCGGUGGAGAGCAAACACAUCUGACUGUUGGAUAACACACACGAACACGGAACCACACGAACACGGAACCAAUUGUGUGUCUUCAUUCAGUGAACCAUUAUUCUUGUGCUGAUGUGAGAGAGAGAGUGGGUGAGUGAGUGGAUGGGUGAGUGAGUGAGUGGAUGGGUGGGUGAGUGAGUGGAUGGGUGAGUGA